UCCAUAGGUCUUUUCGUUCAGUCGCGGCCGUUAUCGUUACGGUUACACGACGCACUUAUGUAAGAGAAAGUAACCUGGCUAUUAUUUUCAACUUUACGACAAAAUGGAACGAAAAUCAAACGGAAAAUCAGCGCCGGGAUCUAGAUCUAGAUCUACACGUGAUAGAAAGAUGACAGUGAAGCUCUGCCUGUCAGUGUUGGGUGCUGUCCUUGGCUCUCUUCAGUUUGGGUACAACACAGGCGUCAUCAACUCACCUGAAAUGAGCAUUAAAAAUUUUAUGAACGAGACUGAGUUAAGACGGACGGGAGAGCCAAUGUCCCAGACGAAAAUGACAAAUUUGUUUGCCCUCAUCGUUGCCAUCUUUGCCGCAGGUGGAUGUCUGGGUGGACUUUUGGCAGGAUGGUGGGCAGACACUUUUGGAAGAAAAAAAGGCAUGCUGUUGAACACCAUGACGGGAGUGUGUGCGGCAGCGCUGAUGUAUUUCAGCUACUUAGCCGAGGCUUACGAAAUGAUCAUAGUUGGUAGAUUUGUUGUUGGAAUCAACUGUGGCCUAUAUACAGGACUAACCCCCAUGUACCUGUCGGAGAUAUCCACACCUAACAUCAGGGGAGCCCUGGGUGUCCUGCAUCAGCUGGGUGUCACAGUUGGGAUACUCUUGUCACAGAUACUGGGCUUUCCGGAACUUCUCGGCAACAUGGAGUACUGGAACCUGCUCUUAGGUCUGACUGUGUUACCAUGUGUAUUGCAGCUGGCUGUUCUACCAUUUUGUCCAGAGAGUCCCAGGUUUCUGUUGAUAGCAAAAAGUCAGGAAGAAGAGGCUAAAGAAGCACUUGAAGCCCUACAUGGAAAUGGUCAGGUCUUGGAUGAGAUAGAUGAGAUGAAGAAGGAGGCCAGUGCACAGAGUCAGGAGGAAAAGGUGACCAUCAUCAGUUUACUGACCAGACCAGCCUUCCGUGUGCCAGUGGUCAUCAGCAUCGUCAUGCAGUUGUCACAGCAGCUGUGUGGUAUCAAUGGGAUCUUCUACUACUCAGCCAGCUUGUUUAAAGAUGCAGGCCUAGCCCCAGACACAGCCACCCAUGCCACAAGUGGUGUUGGCGUGGUCAUGGUUGUCAUGACAAUCAUAACAAUCCCUCUGAUGGACCGGGCAGGGAGGAGAACUCUGCAUCUGAUUGGGUUGUCUGGCAUGCUGUUCUUCAGUGUCUUGAUCACUGUAACCUUAGCCCUAAGGGGCUCUGUGAGCUGGUUUAAUGCUGGCAGUAUUGUCGUCUCACUGCUCUAUGUUGUUUUCUUUGCUGUUGGACCAGGUUCAAUACCGUGGCUGAUUGUGUCUGAGUUGUUCAGUCAAGGUCCUAGAUCUGCCGCCAUGUCUGUAUCUGUGCUAGUCAACUGGAUCUCAAACUUCUUGGUGGGGUACACCUUUCCUUUCAUGCAGGGUGCCCUGGGUAACUACACCUUUCUGCCAUUCACGGGCCUGCUGGUGCUGUUCUGGUUGUUUACAUUCUUCUACGUACCGGAGACCAAGAACAAGACCAUCAAAGAGAUCACGGCCCAGUGGGAGAAGAAAGGGGAGGACACCGAGGUGACCUCACUGGUCGUACAUAAAGCCUGAGCUGACCAACACAACUCCACACCUCUGGCCAUCACAACUCCACACCUCUGGCCAUCACAACUCCACACCUCUGGCCAUCACAACUCCACACCUCUGGCCAUCACAACUCCACACCUCUGGCCAUCACAACUCCACACCUCUGGCCAUCACAACUCCACACCUCUGGCCAUCACAACUCCACACCUCUGGCCAUCACAACUCCACACCUCUGGUCUAUGUUGUUUCCUCCCCAGGGCUCAUUCACUCACAUUUUAAACUAGUUUCUUUAAAGAUUUUUUAAAAACUAAAGUUUAAUUUCAUUUUGAGGAUUUUAAAAAUGUUUUUGAAUCAGAAGCUUUAAGUUGGAUAGAUUUUUUUCAAGAUUUUUAAAAUUUAGAUCCCAUCUUAAAUGGCUGCCCCAGAACAUGUCAACAGUAUAUUGCAUUGCUUGUUGUAUAUUUAUUACUGUUUUUAAUUAUUACUCAGGUUUUGAGUAAUAUUUAUUUUUUUAUUUAAAUUUUUAUUUUACAAAAAAUAUUCUUAUAAAUAUUGUUCAAAAUCAUUUACAUUAAUUAAUCUCAUUUUAAGAACAUGCCCAUUAAAUCUAUUUGUAAUGAGAUAAUUAUUGUUUUACUGUAAUUAACCAGUAUGUAAUUUAUAAAACUUCAUUAAGACAAUCCUGUACAAAUGUGUUGACCCUAUUAAAACAUUUGAUCAUUGCCUAUAUCAAUUUAUCAAAUAUAUUUUUGUUAAAUGUAUAUUUUUGCUGAAUAUACACAGAAAUGUUAUACAUUUUCAAAUGAAAACCUUACACAUGUUGAUUGUUAUCUUAUCUGUUUUUGUAAUUAAAACAAAUGCUGAUGUAUUUAAAUUGGUAGUUCAGAUAUUGAAGAGCAAUUCAACAUCGUUGUAUCUUUCAUGCAUUUAUAACCAUGUUUACCAUGAAAUGAUUUUACAUGUCAAGAUGCUAAACAAGUUGAAACUAGUUCACCGCGACUUCGUUAUCAAUUUACUGACAAUUAGUUAUUUAUACUGAAUAUUGGCUGUGCUGUACUUGAAAUAAGAAAUACAAAGACAACCCGCAUUUAAAAUUUUGUAAAGGGACAUAACAAAAUGUUCUCUACAAUAGGCACAAUACUGCUUCUUUUUUUGUAUAAAAGAAAUUGGAAAGUGGAAGGUGGCUAAUUUUUUUUUUAUAAAAUAGUAACUUUUAAAUAUCUUAACCUUUGGUUAAGGAUUAACUAUGUAGGUUGAGCUGAUCACCAGAGCUCAGUUUUAAGAAAUACCAAGCUUUUAGAUCUUCUCCAAAUACUUGUAACUGAUUUAGUUCAAAUUAAUCCCAUGACACUUAAAUUAUUAACUUUAUAAAGUAACAUUUAAAACCUGCAUAGGCUAGAUGAAGUUAGAGUUGUGGAAUUCAUCUGUUUUCUUGUAGUGUUCCACUGUUUUGCUAACACAGCUGAGUGGACUCAGGAGAAUGUUAGGGACUUAAGUUCCUGAUUUCAACACUUUUGGGGUGACCAGCCAAAUGUUCUACCACUCAACCAUAUAGCUGCUUACUAAUCUACACCAAACUUUUUAAAACAACGCUAACUAAUCUACACCAAACUUUUUAAAACAACACUAACACUAACUGAUCUACGCCAAAUUUUUAAAGCAACACGAACGCUAAUGGAUCUACACCAAACCAUUUGUAACAACACUAACCCUAACUGAGCUAAACAAAAAUGUUUUCAUCAUGCUUAAAAAUGACAAACAAUAAAUAAAAAUGGUCUACAGGUCUAAUGUUGUGCACUAUUUAAAUCCACUUUACCUGAUCUGCGAUAUAAACCAAAAAUUACUUCAUUCCUGUAGUUCUCAAUGUAUUUAACCAGAUUAUAAAUGACAUGUAUGUUUUCUACAAAUGUAUGCUAUCAACAUUGACAUUUAUUUAUUGAGCAACAUAAACUGGUUUUUUUACAAUCAAAAUCUAUUUAUAAUGCUGGCUGCUGUUUUUACUGAUAGAAAUCAGGAAAUUGAUCUGUGUGUGAAAAAGCUUUUGGUAUCCACUGUGGUCAUUUGUCCUUCUGUCCUGUAGAACUAUCCAAUGGGCAAUUAGUUAUCCAGACAUUAUCCGGCCAUUACAAUUGCAAUCCAUGAAAAAGUCUAGUGGAUAUAAUGUCUUCUUGUUGUUUUUUUAGUGUAUUUAGCUGUUACUUUUCAUCUCAAUAUGUCUGUGGUUGUAAUUGUGUAUGUUACUGUCAAUCUAAAUAUGAUGUAUUUAAAUGUGCUACUGUUCAUCCAUAUUACAAGUAUGUGUUACUAUUUAUCCAUAUGUAAAUAUGUAUGUUACUACACAUCUGUAUGUAUCUGCAUAUUGUUCUAUGAUCACACCAUAUGACUGCAAUAAUUUUUUUUAAAAUUGUAUGUGGUAUGUGUUAUAACAAUAGGGUAAUCUUUUGUUAAGAUGAUUCUUUUCUAAGUGGUUAUGGGUACAACCUUUUUAUUCCUCCAUUUUUUUCUUGUUAAGUUUCAGCCUCUGAGCCUGAAAUUGUUUUUUGGUGAUUGAAGUCAGGUUUUUGUUUCAUGUCAAGGGACUUAAUGCAGCUCCAUUGAAUACUUUUCAUAUAAGUUAAUUUUUCCUAGCAUUUUUAAAAAUAAGUUUUUUAACCCACUGAUCUGUCAUAAGUUGCUGGAUGAGAUAUAUUAAAAUGGUGAUGUUUUAUAGAUGUUUAUAGCUUAAUGAUGUGUUCAUAAACAUUUUUAGAAUAUUUUCUUUAUUGGAAUAAAAAACAUUCUGACAAUUUUUAAAAUCUGAAAUCCAUAUCAGUUUAAAAAAAAAUGAAUUAUACUUAUACAGUUUAUUCUCUCUUGUUAAAAAAUAGACAUUGUUUUUUUUUUAUUCUACUGUACUUGAUGAAAGAUUGUCCAAAUAUUUUUUUAUUUUGGGAAGAUGAAGUCUGAUCUCAGUGUUGACCAUUGGUAGCAGCCAUUCUAUUGUUUGCGCUAGAGUAGUGUAAUUGAACAUUUUAAAAUGUAGGAAAUGCAUGCUAAUUGGGAAUCUGAAAUAUAUUAGAAAUACAUUGUGUAGUUUGAAACUAUUUGUACAUGAGUAAUCUUCUAUUGACUAAUAAUGCUACUUAAAGUUAUUUAGGAGUUAAUUUGUCAGAAAAGACUUUUUUUUAAUUGUUUAAUGGUAUUUAAAAUAUUUU